AAACAAAACUGCGGUAGUUUUCCGUAUAUUGUUUUUGUAUGUAUUUUUGUUGUAAAUCACCGGAAAUUUCCUUUGAUUUUAAUUAACAAUGUCGCAAAAAGUAGAUUGGUCGCAAUAUGUUGAUCAGCAGGAAAAAUUGGUCACCAAUCAAAUUUCGCAAAUCCAAGUGAGUUCCGCGACGGAAACGACAGAGGAAGGUAAAAAAGAUGAACUAUCUCCUGCUGAAACAAGUUUACUUCAAAAAAUCAUUCGUAAGGGUUUGGUAGAAAACAAAAAUGAUCUUGAGAUUCAGCGCAAGGAUCCCACAUCCCCACUGCAUUCUGUAAAGACAUUUGAGGCUUUAAAUCUUCGACCCAAUUUAUUGAAAGGUGUUUAUGAUAUGGGCUUCAAUGCACCAUCAAAAAUUCAAGAAACUGCUCUGCCAACAUUAUUAGCAGAACCACCACAGAACUUAAUUGCACAAUCUCAAUCAGGUACAGGAAAAACUGCUGCCUUUGUGCUUGCCAUGUUGAGUAGAGUUGAUGCAUCCAAGAAACAUCCUCAAGUGUUAUGUCUAUCUCCAACAUAUGAAUUGGCUAUACAAACUGGAGAAGUUGCAGCAAAAAUGGCCAGAUUUUGUCCAGAAAUUGAACUGCGCUUUGCCGUAAGGGGCGAGAACUUGACCGAAGGCACUAAACUAUCAGAGCAUGUUAUUAUUGGGACCCCAGGAAAAGUUCUGGAUUGGGGCAUCAAAUUCAGAAUGUUCGAUUUAUCCAAAAUUAACGUUUUCGUCUUGGACGAGGCCGACGUAAUGAUAGACACUCAAGGUCACCAGGAUCAAUGUCUUAAAAUCCAUAAGAGUUUGAGGCCAAAUUGUCAAAUGAUGUUGUUUUCAGCAACCUAUGAGCAGAAAGUAAUGGAUUUCGCUGAAAUUAUAAUUAAAAAUCCACUUAUUAUUAGAUUGAAACGCGAGGAGGAAAGCUUGGAUAAUAUUAAACAAUAUUAUGUAAAAUGCAGUAAUGAAAAGCAGAAGUACAACGCAGUCACAAAUAUUUAUGGAACACUGACUGUUGGACAAGCUAUUAUAUUUUGCCAAACUAGGAAAUCUGCAGCAUGGUUGGCCGAAAAGAUGUCUAAGGAUGGACACGCUGUGGCUCUUCUAUCUGGAGAAUUAAGUGUUGAACAGCGAAUUGCAGUUUUGGACCGUUACAGGUCGGGCAAAGAGAAAGUUCUAAUAACAACCAACGUCUUAUCGAGAGGUAUUGACGUAGAACAAGUUACGAUCGUCGUAAACUUCGAUCUCCCUGUAAAUGUUCAUGGAGAUGCGGAUUGCGAAACUUACCUACAUAGAAUUGGUAGAACUGGCCGUUUCGGUAAACACGGAAUUGCGAUCAACUUAGUGGAUAGCAAUCAAUCGCAGCGUGUUUGUGAAGACAUCGAAAGACAUUUCAACAAGAAAAUUAUGCUUCUAAAUGCCGAGGAUUCAGAGGAGAUCGAGAAGAUUGGAGUAUAGGAGGUCGCUUGUCUCAAGCCGACGAUGGGAAUAUUUUUAUAUAUAUAUAUUUGCGAAAUAUGAAUAAUAUAGGCUUAACAUUUGUUCCAAUAUUGGAUGUUUUUUAUUUUUUUUAAAUAAUAUUUAAAUAAAUGCGACGAGAUGAAUUUUCAUUGAUUAAAAAAAAUAAUACAAAAAUUAACUAACUUUUCUUACAGACAAAACUAUAUAUAGUAAAUAAAUAAGUUAAAAGUUCCAAUAAUAAGUUAUCAAGCAAUAAAGUUUUUAAUCUAUAAUA